CGGCGGAGCGAUGGCGGCGGGGCUGGCCGGCUUUCUGCUGCUGCUGGGGCUCGCGGCGCGCGGGCCCGCGCCCGCCGCUGCCGCCAAGAUGAAAGUGGUGGAGGAGCCCAACGCGUUCGGGCUCAACAACCCGUUCCUGCCCCAGACCAGUCGCCUCCAGCCCAAGAAGGACCCUUCACCCGUGUCUGGGCCCGCGCACCUCUUCAGGCUUUCCGGCAAGUGCUUCAGCCUGCUGGAGUCCACGUACAAGUACGAGUUCUGCCCGUUCCACAACGUGACGCAGCACGAGCAGACCUUCCGCUGGAACGCCUACAGCGGGAUCCUGGGCAUCUGGCACGAGUGGGAAAUCGUCAACGGCACCUUCCGGGCCAUGUGGAUGCGCGACGGCGACUCGUGCCGCACCCGGAGCCGGCAGAGCAAGGUGGAGCUGACCUGUGGAAAAAGCCACCGCCUGGCCCACGUGUCCGAGCCGAGCACCUGCGUCUACGCGCUCACGUUCGAGACGCCUCUGGUCUGCCACCCACACGCGUUGUUAGUGUACCCCGCGCUGCCCCCUGCCCUGCAGCAGCGGUGGGACCAGGCGGAGCAGGACCUGGCCGACGAGCUCGUCACGGCGCAGGGCUACAGCAAGGCGCUCCGGGCACUCUUUGAGGACGCCGGCUACCUGCGGCCCCUGGAAGAAGGGGAGUCGGCGCAGGAAGGAGCAGUCAAGGACCCGGUGUUCCAGACCUUAGAGAGCUGCAGUGAGGCCCACAGAGCGCUGGUGAAGGAGCUGCGGAGACUGCAGAGCGUGCGGACGGGGCGCGGCCUUCCCCACGCCAGCCCCGCAGGAACUCCCAGCUCCGGGCACGUGGGCCCCAAGACACCCACAGACGGGACAGCAGAGCAGCUACGAGGCGACCCAGGACUGCGUGGGAACACCUCGUGACCCGAGACAGGCCGAGGGCAGCCCCAGACCCGCGGGGAGGGGGGAGGCGGGAGCCG